GGAGGCGAUAAAGGGUCAAUGGCCACAGCAUGAAAUGAAUAUCUGAUUCAUAAUUUACUUUUUAUUAUAUUAUUGGAAUGUAGGCUGCACUUUUUAAAAUGAAACAAGCUCUACAUCAGUGGUUUUGCGUUCCCACGGAAAGGGUAGACUACACCCUGACGAUUUUUAUUAACCCCAACGGUGUAUGGAAAGUUUUCCUGGAUGGACCUGGGCGAAAACAGCUGGUCCAUGGUCAAGCGAGAAGUGUCCAGCAGCCCAGGGUCACCGGCUGAGCAGACCUACUUACCCGUUGACAGCAGGAGGGACGGCCCCGCCUCGGAUGAGCUGAGGACACCGGCGACUCCGAGCGACCUUGACUCCCUGGGGCACCGCCGCCCCGAGGGCAGACCUCUACACUCCUACGUUCACUUCGGACACAACAGCGCGCUGACCGCCUCGGAGGACAUCCCCCUGUUCACGGAUUUAGAUCAAGGCAGCAAACUCGUCCUCUCCAGCGGAGCGCACAAGGCCAGCUUGCUGGUGGACCCCACCGACAUGUACCAAACUUUGGCCAUCGCUGCAGCCCAGAGCCAGUCCGGAUAUGAUUCCCCUUCUGGUUAUAUGCACUCCAACCCCAACUCCCCGGUAUACGUGCCCAGCUCCCGGGUGGGCCCCAUGAUCCCCAGCCUCUCAUAUCUACAAGCCAGCGGCUCCGCUCAGCCCAGCCACGCCGUUUCCAGCCACUCGGUCUGGUCUCAGUCUAACCCGGAGAGCCCCUCUUACAGCACCGGGAGCCCGCAUACCUCCAGCCGGUUCCACUACCCCCCAAGCCCGCCCAUGAAUAACGGGACCCCCAGGGACACCAGCUACAGUAACACGCUGAAUGUGAGCAGCAGAGACCAGUACGGGCUCUCUCGGUCCCUCAGUGGAUCCUAUCCCAGCCCGUAUUCUCCUUAUGUUGCACCGCAGCUGUCCCAGCUGCCCUCGCCCUGGACCGGGGGACCCUUUGAUAACACGAUGCUCCACACCUUGCAGAGCAGAGGCGCGCCCUUGAUUCGAGGGCCAAACGGAGACAUUCUGGACGACAUGGGGGAGAGCAGAGAGUGCGUCAACUGCGGCUCCAUCUCCACGCCGCUGUGGAGGCGCGACGGCACGGGCCACUUUCUCUGCAACGCCUGCGGCCUUUACAGCAAAAUGAAUGGCUUGAGUCGGCCAUUAAUUAAACCACAGAAACGGAUGUCAUCGUCCAGAAGAAUCGGCCUGUCCUGCGCCAAUUGCCAAACCAGCACAACCACUUUGUGGCGCAGGAACGCGGAGGGAGAGCCGGUGUGUAACGCUUGUGGGCUCUACACAAAAUUGCACGGGGUACCUCGGCCGCUCGCCAUGAAAAAAGAGGGAAUCCAGACCAGAAAAAGAAAACCAAAAACCUUAAAUAAAACAAAAGGGUCCUCUGGAAAUGGCAACGCUGUUUCCAUGACUCCCACCUCCACAUCUUCAUCAAAUUCUGAGGACUGCUCUAAAAACAGCUCUCCCUCCACGCAGGUGUCAGGGGUCAGCUCCUCCGUGCUGUCCAGCUCGGCCGAGGGAACAGGCUCCGUCUCAGCAGUGAAAUACCCGGGACAGGACGGCCUGUACACCAGCGUGGGUCUGUCCCAGCCAUCAGACGUAGCGUCCUCAGUGAGGGGUGAACCCUGGUGUCCCAUGGCCCUGGCUUGAACAUCAAAGUCCUGGGGAGGAAAGCAGUCACCAGCCCCUACUUUCUGGAUGUCACAUAGUGUGGAAGUUCUUGGUGGCCUCAGGCAAGCUGUUUGCUCCUUCAGAGCUGAUGUAGGGAGAAAAAGAAGGGUGAGACGACCUUCCAUCACCCCUGCAAGCUUGGAUCGAGUGUGGAAUAUUUGGGAUCGGUUUCCAGAAUGGUGUGGGGAACUUAAAGUGCCUUAAAAACAAAGGGAAAUGCCUUGGGACGAGUCCAGAUGAUCAAUCAGUUGGCCUGCUGUGGAUGGUUUCUGGAUCUGCCGUGCACUCGAUUCUCUCCCAUCCAUGGCACAGAAUCAGAUCCUGGUUCUUAAAUGAAGGCCAUAUUGUACAUAAUAUGAUAUGGAUUUCCUCUCUGAAGAAAAACCUAUUGAUUGGAUACCGGUGCUUGAUAAAGCACUGUUCUUGAAGGACAUUUAGAAAUUUUUGUUGUUGUUGUUGUUGUUUUCCUUUCUGCAACUGGAAUCAAGCCACAAGUACCAAGACAACUUUCAUAAAUCAAAAGAAAGUAUUUAUAAAUCUUCCAUUGUUGAAAAUAUGGCUAUGAUUGUUAAUAAAGAUAUAGAUAUAGAGUAGAAGCUAAAAAAAAAAAAAAAAAAAAAAAAAAAAAAAAAA